UUCUUGGACAUGAAGUUUCAACAUCUUGAGAGUUUCACUGAGCAGACGAGACCAUCAGGGAGGCAAACAUCAAGAGGAGAUGGAGGCCAGCAGGUCUCCUGACUCAGAUCUCUAAGGAGAGUCCAGGUUUACUUAAGAUCGGCUCAGACUGUCAGAAAGGAGGUUGAGGUUUUUAGAGAAACUAAAGUUUCUCUUGAAUCAUCAUUCCUGGAGUAAUCCAUCAUCUGACUCUGAACCAGGGUUUGAAUCCAACCAGCAGCAACAAAAUCUUCUCCAGCUGAUCCCAGAUGCUUUCUGUUGGAUCAACAUGCUGAUUCAUUGUUUGGCCAGCAGGAGAAAACACUUCCUGGUUGGUAGAAGGUUUGUACUCUGUGGUCCAAUCAGAACAGACUUAGUUCUGUUUAUAAUUUAUAAGGUGAUCAGCAGCAGGCUAGUGUUUGGGUCUUUCUGCAUGCUCAGCAGCUCAUUCCUCUUCUCACUUCCUGCUUUGUUCACUUUGGCUCCACAUCGUCUCGGAUUGUGCAGCUCACGCAGAUCUCUGAAGAACUCUCAGAUACUCCGACAGCCAGUCCAUUUUAAAAGAACCGCAUUUCUUUUUUACUUUGGCUUGAAACUGAUCACAGAGAGGCAGAACGAGCUGCAGAGGCAGACCAUGUUGGGUCGAUCCUGGGUGAUGAUCCUGAUGGUGAUGAUGGAGAGAGACACUGCAGCUGCUAAUUACACCAUAGUUUCUAAAUUCAGCGGUGAGAGCGUAGAGCUGCUGUCCGGCAGGACCAUUGGGGCCAAUAGAGAUUUCAGGUGGACCCACCUCCACCUGCUACUCAACAACAGGACCACCAAGUGUUACCACAGUCGCUGUGAACUUAUAGAGGAUGGAUCACUGCGCUUCAGCAAAGUCCUGGCAGAAGACUCAGGAAACUACACGCUGGAGGUCUAUGAUCAACAUGGAACAAUAAUAGAGAAGAAGGUGUUCUUUCUGCAGGUGAAAGAUACCAGCCCCACUGUGAGGAGCAUCUCCAUCAUCUGCUCAGUCAUCCUUCUGUUUCUCCUGCUCUUCUUCGUCACUUUCUUCAUCCUGGGGAAGAGGUGGCUUCCCUGGUCCAGGACCUCAGGUUCCCAGGAGGAGACCCACGUCUACAUGGCGAUGCAUGGUAUCCGUGGCAACAACAACAAACAGGAGGAGGAUAAGAGAGAGGAAGAACCUCUUUAUGUUCCCUGUAAUCCUGGGGUUCCUGCUGAACUGGCUGAAAACAUCUAUGUGUGACAACCAAUCAGAGCUCUGCAGACCUCCCACCAACACUUAGCCAUGAUUGGCUGAGCUCUGUGAAACUUACUGUUACUCUGUUGACCAAAU